UUGUGAGAACUGGAGUUAUUCCGUACAGUAAUUUGAUCAAAGCCAACAAAUGGAGUCUCGCAAAUCGGCCAAAGUACAGCCAAAGCGCAAGUCGAAGCGCUCGCAGCUCGGGAGCAAGCGCUCGAUUGUGGCAGCACGUCCCGACGCGAAGCCCUUCCCGCAACGGGUCUUCCUCUAUCUGCAGCUGGAGGAGAUAGUGAACAUGCCGGUGGUCUCGUAUCCCUUGGAGCUGCAUCUGCACCACGAGAAGAACACGCUGCAGAAGAUGUGCGAUCACUACACUCAGGAGACGAUCAUCUAUGAGAAUGAAUUCAAGAUGGACAGACCGGCCUUUGCGAUGGGCAUCAUGCAGGACAAUCUGGAGGACAUGAAUACGUUCAGCGACAAUCCACUGGUGGUCACGCUGUACCAGCGCAUUCCGCGGCAUCGCAAGGACGAGCUGAUCACUGUGAGCACGGUGCGGGGCGAAGCCUCGGCGUGGUUCUUCAGGUCGGAUAAGAAGCCGGUCGAUGCAGCUGGCGGGGACGCAUCUGUUGUCAAUGACACCGUUGACACUGAGGCCGAGGGCGAGGCCGAGGGCGAGGUGGAGGAAGAGGACGAUGAAGGCGAAUAUGUUGAGGAAUCCCUUGAGUUCGUGUCGCGCGGCCACUGCGAUUUGCUGCAGCUCUUCCAGCGCAAACGCUUUAUUCACAACGUGCAGAUCAUGCUCUACCCGGAGUACUCCAAGAACCUCCAGACGGAAACGACCCAGAAGAUAACCACCACCAGCAACUGGCACAUGUACUCCAUACUGCCGAUACUGAAGCACAUCCACUUCUCCAAUGUGGUCUUCAUAACGCUCGAGUCCGUCUACAAUGCGCCCGAGGAGCUGCACUCUCGAGCCGCCGACCUGGGCAUGAGCAUCUCCCUACGCUCCCUGAGAGUCGAAGACGAGGAGCCCGUCGAGGUGCUGCCAGUGUGCGACUUCUUCAGCUUCAACUCCCAGAUCAUCAGCGAUCAGACCACCGUCAUUGUGUGGGAGACCAUUAAGCGCGACCUCUUGAAGAAACAGGAGCCCGGCGUGGCCAGUGUUCAAAUGGAAACGAGUUUGCGCGUCCCCAUUCACCGCAUACUGGAGCGCUUGCUCAAAACCCAAGGCGUCGACUUCCAGCUGGAAAAGAUCAAUCCCUUCGUGGACAGCGCGCUGGUCAGCAACUCGAUGCAUCGUUAUGUCAUCACCGGGGAGAUGCAGGACAUUCUCGAGGCAGCCGUCGUGAACAAUGACUAUGAGGUGCUGCUUCAGCUCUACGAUACAGAUCCAUCCAAGGUCUUGUAUGAGGGCGUCAUAAACCUAAGCAUCUUUGGAUACCCAGAUGUGAACGCCUGCCGGUUCGCCUCUGUGCUCAAUUCGGCGGAAAGGCGUAGCACUAGGAAAACAUUUCGAAUGACUAAUGUGGAUGCCCCUUCCCUGCCCAUGUUUGCCAUCAUGAAGCUGUGCUUCUUCCAAACGCUGAGCACGCGCAAUGCGUCGCUGGAUACCUAUAAUGAGAGCAAGCUGAAGGCGGGUCAGCUGUGUCGCUGCUUCACAAUAGAUCCGCUUGUGGAGACGAAUAGUCGAGAUGUCUUGAAGGAGCUCUAUCGACGCUUCGACGAGCUCAUCAAAGACGUAAUCAGCUACAUCAUCAAGAACGAUCUGACGAACGUGGACGAGCGACGCAACUACUUCUGCUGCACCCUGGGCAAUCUGAGCAAUCUACUCAUCAACAUCUGUGGCAACGACUUCAAUGUGCGCAUGCCUACCAAGACGAACAUAGAGUUUCGAGAGAUGCUGACGCACAUGCACAAAGAUCUCAUGGAACGCAUUGUGCGAAUCCUGAACGACUGCGGCUGGGAGGCUCUGGGCAACUGUGUGAUCAACAAGGAUCGCGAUCUUCAGCGCAUGCGUCGCCUCUUGGACGAGCAUCGCAACCUGUGCAUGGUGGGCGACUGUGUGCUGGCCAAGCAGCUGUUCGCCGAGCUGAAGUCGGCCUGCACCUGCAAAAUGAUGUUUAAUUUUUAUGUGUUCCUCAACUCUGUGCAGACUCUCAAUUUUAAGCAUGCAGAAGCCUACUUGCUCAACCAGAUGGAGUACAACUGGGAUGGCGAAUACUUUGUCAACUUGCUGAAGCUCUACAUUGACUAUCAAAUUGAGAUAAAGUCGGAGCUGGAUCAGGAGAGGGAAAUGGAGGAGAUGCCGCCAGACAUGGAGAUGGAGCUAGAGGCUGAAACGGAAGCCGCAGAGCUAAAGAAGCCGCGACAGGCCUACAGCAAUAUGAUGGCCAAUCUCUGCGCCUUCGCCACAGCCAACAACUUGGACUGCGAGGGUUGGAUACUGCUCCACUGCUACUACAAGGAGAAGAACUACUUGCCGGGCAUGGAGUAUACGCGCUGGCGGUACGAAAAUCUCUAUGAUGUGCCCAGCAGGUCUAUGCCCUUGACGCCGCGGCCGCUCUACGAGACAUUCAUGCCGCUGAAAUUCGAUCUGACGGACAAGAGCGUGCAUGUCAUCAAGUUCUACGAGGUUUUCAAGAAGUUCGCCAAUUUGGGCGCCUACGCGUUCGCCGAGACCGUUUACAGCCAGAUCGCAGCCGAGUUUCCGCCCAUCGAAACGUAUUUGGUGACCACAACGCUGAAGAUGCUGCAGGGUCAAAUCGACGAGCUGUUCCAAGUGCGCCAGCUGCCCACAGACAGCAGCGAGCGCGGCCUGAUGAUGAAAUACUAUCAAGCGCACAUCAAUGGCAAUGUGGAGUACUCGCGCCAACGCUACCUAAACGCCAUCGAAUUCUUCAAGGAACUGCUCACGAUCGAUAAGGAGGACACGUCUACGUUGGCCAUGUUCUACCUGAGCUAUCUGCGCCUGGCCCGCCUCAGCUUCGAGUGCGAGGACUUUGAGCUCGCCCUGCAGGCCUACGAGCUGUGCGUGCCCACUGCCAAGACGGACAAGAACUUCAUGGCCAACUAUGGUAUGGGUUUGACUCUGUAUUAUUUGAAUCGCCUUGAGGAGGCCAUUGUCUAUCUGGCGCGCAGCACAGAGGUUGACAUCUAUAUUCCCGAUUCGUGGGGUUUCUUGGCGACGAUUAACUUGCGCCUGGGUCGCAAUAAGACGGCUCUAAACUGCUGGAAAGUGGCCAAAAUGUAUCCCGAGAUAACCAUGUGCAAGCGAGUCUACACUGAACUCGAUAAAAUCAAGUAUUCCGAUGUUAAUUUGCUGGUGGAAGAUGAUAAUCAACCCACUUAGGAAUAUCCUCUGUGAAUAUAAAUAUAUAUAUGA